AAAUAAGAUAACUAACGAAUUUCCUGGUUCAGUACGAACAGAAUGUAACGGGACUUCACAGAGUUCCUCCUCACUAGGUUUAACAUCGUCCCAUAUGCCAACAAACAUCUGGACGCCUCUUCUCUCACUGAUCCUACUUAAAUCUGUUAUUGUAGCUGAUGAAAUAUGCUGCUGUCCCGACUUCACUGUGAGUUUGAAGUGUGAAGAUAGGAGAUCAGAAUCAAUCCAGACAUCCUUUCUUAAAGCUAAUGGUUAUGUUUGUGAUGCCUUGGACGGCACUGAUGUGACAUUAGUUUGUGAGGUAGCUGACAUCAAUGAAGCAGUGAAGGAGGUUAAAUAUUCUUACUACAAGGCAAAAGAUCUUGGCUACAAACCAGUGGCUUAUGAUAUCAACAACUCUAAAAAGUUAACAGAAUGUGACGUCACAAAAGGGACCUGUGUCCUCUCAUCAGUCAAGUGGUCCGGAGCCGCGGACAGCCCGACCAAGUUUGAGAACUUUGACAACUACUUGUACCAGUGUAACGUUCAGAUCACACUGAUAGAUAACACGGUGUUUGAGCUGACCUCUAAUACCAUGCUGCUAGACGUUUACAAAAACAAAGAUGUGCCCGAUAAUUACGAAAUAGUGAAAGAGAACAAGGGCCCAUUGAACACAAACAACGGUUACGAAAGACUAAACUGUGGAGUUGGCGGUCUACCAUUCACUAACCCGCGCACAACGGCGAAAUGGUCCUUCAAAAGACUAGAAGAUUCAGAAUGGACAGAACUGAACAUACUCUCGGAACAACCUAGAAUGGCAAUAGUAGAACCUGUUAUAGCAGCAGAUUCAGCGGGUUCGUUCACUGAGGGAACACUUGUUUUGAUGAUGUUCAACCCUGCUGAAGAUACAGGCUACUACAUGUGUGAGGCUGAGUACACUACCACUACUGUGGGGAGAAAUCAGACUUACACCAGGGCAGAGUACAAAGUAACUGGCAACAAUCAGCAAAAUAAUGGGAACCCUGAGACCAAGAUGUUGUCAGCAAUAACAAGCAAAAGUUACACCCUGAAAGAUGAGUUUGUCUACUUCAAUUGCUAUGCUAGAGACACUGAUGCGAGUGAACAAGGCAGGUUCCGCUGGGUUUACGAGAAUGCUUCUGAUUUUGUGGUAGUGGACACGUCAACUGAGUUGUUCAGAGAUGUGGAGAUAAUUAACUACAACAGAACACUGAAACUGCCGUCCUACUACAAAUACUAUAACUUUAAGUUCAAGUGUGAAGUCAGCAGAGAAUCUGAAGUCAACUCAGUGCUCAGUAAUGAGUUCACCCAGCCAGUAGUCGUACCACAGGAGAUGUACAUACCACUGACGUCAAAAGCAUGCUCCAAACCUGACUCAGAAAUCAAUCUGUUCUCCAGCACCAAGUACAUGAUGUCGGAUGGUACUGAUGUUGAAGAUUUCGAACAAAAGCUAACUGGUGCCAGCCAUAGGUGGAUGAUAAACUCCAAGAUGAUCACCCCCUUCAGUAACCCUACAAGUGAGGGGGGUGUUACCACUGAGCAGCAGCUCAGGAUGACAGCUGACGUUUUCAAUAGAACUGUGCGGGAUUCUAAGGAAAACAAGUGUCAGUACUUUACUUUCCUGCAAACAAGAAGUAAAGGAUACCAACUACACGAAGUAUUGAAGAUGACGAGGACUGCUGACUCUUGUCAAGAUCUACCGGAUUGUACAGCGGUAACGCUGUUCCGGGACUGUACAGACAACUCAUUGUCAGUAAGCUUAGCAGGUGGGAGCCCACAAUGUGUGUCAGUGGAAGUAUUUAAAGGAAACAAGUCUAUCUUCAAAAGAGCUUACCCAAAAGUAGCUCCCUCAUGUUCUGAAAGGAUCCUGAACAUGACUAUAACGAAGGAGGAUCUCGAAGAGGAAGUGUUGCAAGGAAUAUAUGAAGUUCGUGUAGCUCCUGAGCGCAAACAAGGCUGCACCAAGUUCAUUAACUUUGAUGCCGAGGCAGCUGCUUACUGUAUUGAAAAGCCUGAAGAAGAACCCACUGUUGAUGAAGAGGAAACAAACUCGGGUCCGGUUGAGAGGGUCGCGUCCUGCCCACAAGAAUACUUUGACGAGACGGACAAGACUCCGUGGACUAUCAACGCCAGCAAAACUUGUGAAGUUAAAGUGACAGAACUCGGGAAACUUGGUGUCGAGCCAACGGAUGGGGCUUGCUACGAAGUCUCGUUCGUAAAGUCCUCGACAGAUUCGAUGUUUCAGAAAAUAUGUGAUCUAGAGAUACCACUCAAAAACUUGAGCCACGACAGUUACUAUGAGCUACAAUGGAAAGGCUUCUCGAAUCAGUCACAGUGUAAAUCCCAAAUUCGGGUAGCCUGUAACAGUUCGGAGGGUCUCCACUCACCUCUUCUUUUAGUAGUCCUCCUUAUUUUAGCUACUGGAAUUGUGCUGAGCUGACGAAACGAACCAGAUUUUAAUAAUAAUGACGAUUUCAAGCAAUAGUUUCACAAAGAAUGAAGAAAGCAAACACGUGCAGAAGAGAAAAACCACCCACUGAAGAAGUGUAGUAACUAGGACUGUGUAACACGUAAGACGGGCUAGUGUACCCUACUAAUUGUAGCCUAUAUAAGUAGGUGUAAGGUGAGUCGCUUACCGUAGUGCAACUUCCAUCCCAACUAAAGUGCCCUUUGAGUAUAUUACACGAUGUUAGGAUAAUGUAUAAAAGCUGUAUAAAACUCAUCGACUAGGAUAUUUUCUUAGAAUAGGUUUUAAUAACCUGGAACUCUAAAAUUACCGAGGGUUUACAGUUUCAAUUCAUCGUGUCGAUUAAGAAAUCUAAUGUGGAAUUAUUGUUUAAGGUGGUUUUAACUUAAUACAUUUAUUCAAGUUGCAGAGCCUGCAUUUCAGAGACGGGGCCGUCCCAAAAUGAAUAUAGUUAGAAUUUUACACGAAUAACGAUGAAAUCAAUUGAAGAUAAGCCCCAUGACAGUCCAAUCACUAUAUCGGAUUGUCCGAACAGUUGUGGAAAGUUGACGAUUACUAGAUAUUGGGACAGUUCCAGAUUUGCAUUUAGGUCAUGAUUAAUUUGAUUUAGUGAAUAAGAAAAUUGAUUAUUUAUUGUUAUUUGUUUUUGUUUUUGAGUAUUUAUCUAACAAGCUUAA